GCAGUUACCAGGGGAGAGCUCCGACUGUUCCCUGGGUUGCCAUUCUGUCUGUCCGCCAAAGGACUGGGCGGGCAAAGUUCCGACAGCUGGCGGGGGAACAACUCAGUAGCACCGCGCUGACACAGGCGCACUGCGACCCAGCGCCCCGCCCUCACGUCCCGCCAUCCCGCCACUAGGCCUCGAACCCGGCCUCGGAAGAGUCACGUGCUCUGCCUGCCGCGCGGUAGCCAAUGCGGUGGCUAUCGGCGUCUAGGCCCGCCCCUCGCACCGCGCUCACGCUGGGGGCGGAUCGGCACGCACAGUUGCUCUAGCCAAUCGUUGAGCAGCCCGCGGGACCCCGGCAGAGAAGCUCAGGCGGUGCAAGAGCGCGAGCGCGGGAGUUAGCGGUGCAGCCAUGGUGGGACACCUGAGCGAGGGGGCCAUCGAGGUCAUGAUACAGCAGGAAAAUACAUCCAUAAAGCCCAUCCUGCAGGUCAUUAACAUCCGUCCCAUUUCUACAGGGAAUAGGUCACCCCGGUACCGACUGCUCAUGAGUGAUGGGUUGAACACGCUUUCCUCGUUCAUGCUGGCCACGCAGCUGAACACCCUGGUCGAGGGAGGGCAGCUGGCCAGCAACUGUGUCUGCCAGGUCCACAAGUUCAUCGUCAACACCCUGAAAGACGGCAGAAUGCAACCAAAACCUCAUGGGAAUCCGUAUGGUGAACAGUCAGUGCUGAGGAAGUUAAGCCAGUGUGUGUUAUAUUACACACGGGUGAAAGUAGUUGUUUUGAUGGACUUGGAAGUUAUGAAAUCUGCUGAAGACGUUGGAUUAAAGAUUGGGAAUCCAGUGCCCUAUAAUGAAGGAUAUGGGCAGCAGCAGCAGCAGCAGCAGCAGCAGCAGCAGCAAGCAGUCCCUUCCCCAGCCUCUGCAGCGACACCACCAGCCAGCAAGCCCCAGCCACAGAAUGGGAGUCUGGGAAUGGGUUCCACUGCAGCUAAGGCUUAUGGUGCCUCAAAGCCAUUUGGAAAACCUGCCGGAACUGGCCUGCUGCAGCCUUCAGGUGGGACACAGUCCAAAGUGGUGCCCAUCGCCAGCCUCACCCCGUACCAGUCCAAGUGGACUAUUUGUGCCCGUGUCACCAACAAAAGUCAGAUCCGCACCUGGAGUAAUUCCCGGGGGGAAGGAAAGCUUUUCUCUCUAGAACUUGUGGAUGAAAGCGGUGAAAUCAGAGCUACUGCUUUCAAUGAGCAAGUGGACAAGUUCUUUCCCCUUAUUGAAGUGAACAAGGUGUAUUACUUCUCAAAGGGCGCCCUGAAGAUCGCUAACAAACAGUUCUCCGCUGUUAAAAAUGACUAUGAGAUGACCUUCAAUAAUGAGACUUCUGUCCUUCCCUGUGAAGAUGGCCAUCACUUACCCACAGUUCAGUUUGAUUUCACAGGGAUCGGUGACCUAGAGAGCAAGGCUAAAGACGCACUAGUAGACAUCAUUGGAAUCUGCAAGAGCUAUGAAGAUUCGAUUAAAAUCACAGUGAAGUCGAACAACAGAGAAGUUGCUAAGAGAAAUAUCUAUUUGAUGGACAUGUCAGGGAAGGUGGUGACCACAACUCUGUGGGGAGAAGAUGCUGACAAGUUUGACGGCUCUCGGCAGCCCGUGAUGGCCAUCAAAGGAGCCCGAGUCUCUGACUUCGGUGGACGGAGCCUCUCGGUCCUCUCAUCCAGCACUGUCAUUGUGAAUCCUGACAUCCCAGAGGCCUAUAAGCUUCGUGGCUGGUUUGACUCAGAAGGACAAGCCUUAGAUGGUGUUUCCAUCUCUGACCACAGGAGUGGAGGGGCCGGAGGGGGCAACACCAACUGGAAAACUUUGCAUGAGGCUAAAUCUGAGAACCUGGGCCAGGGAGACAAGGCGGACUAUUUCAGCACUGUGGCAGCGGUGGUGUUUCUCCGCAAAGAGAACUGUAUGUACCAGGCCUGCCCAACCCAGGACUGCAAUAAGAAAGUGAUUGACCAGCAGAAUGGGUUGUACCGCUGUGAGAAGUGUGACCGGGAAUUUCCCAAUUUCAAAUACCGCAUGAUCUUAUCGGCAAAUAUUGCAGAUUUUCAAGAGAACCAGUGGGUGACGUGUUUCCAGGAGUCUGCAGAGGCCAUCCUUGGACAGAACACUAUGUACCUUGGGGAACUCAAAGAGAAGAACGAGCAGGCGUUUGAAGAGGUUUUCCAGAAUGCCAACUUCCGGUCAUUUACGUUCAGAAUCAGGGUCAAGCUGGAGACCUACAAUGAUGAAUCUCGAAUUAAGGCCACUGUGAUGGACGUGAAGCCCGUGGACUUCAGAGACUAUGGCAGACGGCUGAUCGCGAACAUCAGGAAGAACAUGUGAUGGGAGCAAGUACCACUGGUGGCCAGAACGGAAGAGAGAAGAACAGAAAUAGAAUGGCUUCCUUCCCGCCCCAUGGGACAGCUCCACAAUGAAGAUCCUCUAGGGGAGGCUGGCAACCCAUCUGGGCCCCUCUUGGGACUCACUGAUAAGCAAAGACAGUGAGCUCAGAGGGCUGUGUGUGAACCUUCCGCUCCAGUUCUCAGCCACCGGUAGUGUGGCAGCAGUCCCCUCCUCCUGCCUUCCGGCUUUGUCGGAUUUCAUGAAAUUUUGUUAUCUUCAAACAGAAAUUAUGUCACAAGUCAUUAACCCCACUCUGGAUAAUGAGGCAAAUUAUGUAACCUGGAGUGUGCUUUUCCAGUGGUGGCACCUUUUUGUCUUGAGUUCCUCCUGGGGGGAGAAGAGUAGGGGAGAACCCAGGUGUUCAGAGGGUGCGUCUGCCUGGAAUCAAAGGGUCUGUUUUGCAGAGUUACUGCAUGGUUGUUAAUGCUUAGAAUGGCAACAAGGUAGAAUUAUUAAUCAAAGGCCUAUCGUUAAUAUCUGAAUAUCCUUCCUUCAGGGUUUGAUAGGUUUAAUAGACUGAGUCAGAUGACUCUGAUAUUAAUCAGAAUUGUCUCCUCUGAGGACGGCUGAUAAGCACUGGCUUGCUGUCCCCUUGGGGAAAAGCAAACCCCCAAAUUGCAUAAUUUACUUCAUUAUCCACAUAGUGGGGUCAGUUACUUGAGACACAAUCCCUGUUUGAAGAUAACAGAAUCUUAGUAAAUCCGACAAAGCCUGCAGACAGAGGUGGCACUGGGACAUCCAGGCUGCUACAGAGCAUGGCUUCAGUUUGCAUCAGUUACCGUUCGGUUGCCAGGCGGACCUGUGUACCUUUAUUAAAGCUAUGUUAAAUAGAAUUUAAGAAAGAAGCUUUGUUUCCUUUGCUUUGUUUGAAUAAACAGUAUAUCUUUGUGGAUCCUA